AUGUCGGUAGAGCAAGCCACAAGCAAACAAGCUAUGCCACACGUUAAAAAAAAAAUCAACCACACAGUCACUUCAAGCAAGCAAACCCACGUAACCACACAACCCUUCACAACCAGACAGCUACAACCCAAACAACCACACCACAACCAGCCCUUCAUAACCACGCAACCACACAACACUUCGCAACCACCCAACCACAACCAACCUUCACAACCACACAACCCUUUGCAACCACCCAACCUCACAACCACCCACCUCACAACCCUUCGCAACCACCCAACCUCACAACCACCCAACCUCACAACCACCCAACCUCACAACCCUUCGCAACCACCCAACCUCACAACCACUCAACCUCACAACCCUUCGCAACCACCCAACCUCACAAACCAGACAACCCAACCUCACAACCACACAACCCUUCACAACCUCACAACUCUUCGCAACCACCCAACCUCACAACCACACAACCAACCACCCAACCUCACAACCCUUCGCAACCACCCAACCUCACAUCCUCACAACCCUUCGCAACCACCCAACCUCACAACCACACAACCCUUCGCAACCACCCAAGCCUCACAACCACACAACCCUUCGCAAACACCAACUUCGCAACCACCCAACCUCACAACCACACAACCUUCGCAACCACCCAACCUCACAACACACAACCUCACAACCCUUCGCAACCACCCAACUCACAACCAGCAACUACCCAACCACCCACCUCACAACCACCCAACCUCACAACCCACAACCAACCACCCACCCUCACAAACCCUUCGCAACCACCCAACCUCACACACACGCAACCAUCCAGCCUCACAACCACAAAACCAGACAACCACACAACCCUUCGCAACCACCCACCCUCACAACCCUUCGCAACCACAAUCACACAAUCACACAAGGAACCCCGGGACAGCACAUAAAAUCUUGCUCAAUCUGCCGUCAGCAACCACCGUGACGGACCUUGAACCUGGCACCUGA